UCGAGGGGGGCGGCGGCCGGGGGCGUCCCCGCAGCGCGCCGGGGUGACCGUGGGCCCGAGCGCCGAGGGACCGCGCAGCACUCCGCCUGCCCAGGAACCUGCUUUGGGCCAAAAGGAGAGAAUGGCUGCUGGCUACCUGCCCCCCUGGUCCCAGGAAUCUGUGACCUUUGAGGACGUGGCUGUGGACUUCUCCCAGGAGGAGUGGGGGUUGCUGGACCCAGCCCAGAGGAACCUGUACAGAGAGGUGAUGCUGGAGAACUACAGGAACCUGAUCUCCCUGGCCUUGAAGAACCGAAGUCCUGAUACAGGGAUUGAGGAUGGCCCGUUGUCGCCAGCACAUGCCCCCCAAGUCACCAGCCUUUGCCCAUGGACAGGGCGUUCACUCUCUCGACCAGUGGCACCCUUCCACUUGGAGCAAGGAGAAGCCAUGUGGAGGGAGGAAGGAAGAAUUCCCCCAGACUCCUGUUCAGAUCAGGAGACCAGGUGGAAAAACCAAGAGCUGACUUACAGGAAGGUGGUUUUUGGGGAAGAGCUGUCUGGUGGUACAAAUGUCAUAAGGCUUACCAGAAAAGACUGGGAAUGUGGCCAGCUCGAGGAGGACCACAAAGAUCCCCAGGGGCUUCUGAGGCCAGUGGCGUGCAUCCAGAUAGAGGCAGCUACUCAUGAGAAAGCUACUGCUUGGCAUGAAUUUGGGGAAAAUGGUAAUCUGAGCUCAGACCUUGUUUUAUCACAGAGAAGCUCUAUAGGAAGACAUUUCCAUGACUGUGACCUAGAUAUUAAGAGUAUGAUAUCUGACUCACUUAUAAACUACCAUCAGAUGGGACAUGAAGAUCAGAGACCCAGUGGAAGUGGCAAAUGUGGAAAAGCCCUCAGCCAAAAUGGUCAUUUUACACAACAAGAAAGAACUCAAACAGAGGAGAAAACUCUGGCUUACAUGAAAAAUGGAAAAUCACUGAAUCGUAGUACGGCUCUUACUAUACUCAACAAAAUUAAUGCGGUGGAGAAGCCCUAUGAAUGUCACCAGUGUGGGAAGGUGUUUAACCGGAGGCACUCCCUGAGUGAACAUCAGAGGAUUCACACGGGACAGAAGCCCUACGAGUGUCAGGAAUGUGGGAGAGCCUUCACGCACAGCUCCACCCUCACUCGCCACCUGAGGACUCACACUGGGGAGAAGCCCUACACAUGCGGCAAGUGUGGGAAAGCCUUCAACAGGAUCUCGUCUCUGACUCAGCAUCAGAGGAUCCACACGGGGGAAAGGCCCUAUAAAUGCACAGACUGUGGGAAAUCCUUCUGCCAGAGCUCCUACCUGAUUUUGCACAAGAGAACGCACACUGGCGAGAAGCCCUAUGAAUGUAACGAAUGUGGGAAAGCCUUCAUUGAUCGGUCCUCUCUCAACCAGCACGAGCGAACUCACACCGGCGACAGCCCCUACGAAUGUGACCAGUGUGGAAGAGCCUUCAGCCAGAGGUCUUCCCUUGUGAGGCAUGAGAGAACUCACACUGGAGAGAAACCAUACAGCUGCAAUGAGUGUGGGAAAGCCUUCAGCCAGAGUUCCUCCCUAAUCACUCAUCAGAAAAUCCAUGCUAGUCAGAAAACCUAUAAAAUAAUUGACUGUGGAAAAGCAUUCUAUCGGACCAGCCACCUUAUUGGAUUUUAGUGAUUGCCUGCUAAAGUGUAAAGCACUUUUUAGCACUCUGCACAUCAGUAUAGACCUUGAUUUGGUGUAAUGUAUUAGUUGAAAAGAAGAGGCUUACAGCACAUUCUUGAAAGAAUGCUCUGGGGUCUAGAACUGAGAAAGGACCAUCGAGCUGUACCUGAUGAGUUCCAUGCUCUUGGAAAAGAGGAAUGGGGUUUCACUGAGAAUCAUCCCAUGUUCAUUCAGUUGCUGAAACCAAAGGAUUCUGCUUCAGUUUUCAACUUCUCGUGUCAGGAUUCCGUAUUUUCCCCCAGUAUUCUUUUUCAGUAUUUUGCUUCAUCAUUCCACUCUUUUUGGUUACUUAGCUAGAUCCUAAUUUAUCUCACACACUACUUUGGCAAGGCCGAGAAUGUUUUCUAAGACAGCGCUUUAGAUGUGAAGUAAAAAAAAAUAAUAAUAAAGAAUGCAAAAUAGUAUGUGUAAUUUGAUCCAAUGAAGUCAAAGUAUAUAUAUACCAAGGGACAAAGGCUGGACAGGGAUGUGGAGAAAUGAACAGGUCUAUCUGAUUCUUAGUCAGGGUUAUCUGAUUAUGUGUGAUUCUGUGUCUUUUGCCAUUUCACUUUGUAUUGCUGUAAUCAUUUUUUUUUUUUUCUGACCGGUAAGGGGAUUGCAACCCUCGGCAUGGUGUGGUCCGCACCACGCUCAGCCAGUGAGCGCACCGGCCAUCCCUAUACAAGAUCCGAACCCGUGGCCUCAGCGCUACCAGUGCCGCACUCUCCUGAGUGCGCCAUGGGGCUGGCCCAUCAUUUUUGAUCAUGAACAAAAAUCAAGUAGCAUCAAAAACUGGAAGGGAGGGCUGGCCCGUGGCUCACUCGGGAGAGUGUGGUGCUGAUAACACCAAGGCCAUUGGGUUUGGAUCCCUAUAUAGGGUUAGCUCAGGUGAGCUUAGGCUGACAUCCCCAUAUAGGGAUGGCCGGUUAGCUUAGGCUGAGUGUGGUGCUGACAAUACCAAGUCAAGGGUUAAGAUCCCCUUACUGGUCAUCUUUAAAAAAAAAAAAUUGGAAGGGAUGUGGAACCUCACUGAUCAGCAGGGAGGAUUAUGGAAACCAAGAUGGCAAAGAUACAGUAUAGUAGGUCUUGGGACAUGGAGAGGUGGAGUCACUUUUGAUGGCCCAGGAAAUGUCCCAACUGUGAGAUGUACUUGGCAGAGUGGAGACCAACAGUGUAAUGUGCAUCACCAUCGUUAACAUUUAUUGGGUGCUUACUGUAUGCCAGGCACCAACCUUGCACUUACAUGUGCUUUCUCAUUUAAGCUUCACAACAAGUCCACGAGAUAGUAACUAUUCUCAUACUCACAUUACAGGAGAGGAAACAGAAGUAAGGUAACUUGCCCAAGGUCAUGCAAUCAGAAAGCAGUGGAGUCUGGAUUGGAACCCAAGCAACCUGUACAAUGGCACAUUUUCCACGUUGCCAAGCACGGAGGUGUACAGGAGGGCUGUGCUUUCCAAAUUCUCUCUUAAAAAUCACCUAGAUUUCCUCCAAAUCUUCUCUGUCCCCGGAGCUAAUGAGGGAGGUUGGCUGUCAGAUUUCCUUUCACCCCAUGAGAACUGUGCACAUGAAUUUUGUUGCCUUUCCCUGUGGAAGCCCUACUGGGUUCUGAACGACCUGCAAGUAUAUUCAGAAUGUGUUGGUGCAUAGAUGAUUUUCUGGGGAAAGCACCUGUAACUUUCAGCAUAUUCUUGAGAAUGGUUGACUCAGAGGUAUCAUGAGUGUACUGUUUUCAGUCUUGGUCUCUGCCUCCCUCUGCCAGUUAUUUAUAGAGAACCUGAACUCUUUGCUGUGCAGGGCAGCUGUGAAUAAGAGAGGUGAGUUUUCUGCCCUCACUGCACAUAUAUUCUAGGAGUAAGGAGGAGGCUGGCUUUGUGGGUCACAAAAGUCUAUUCAGAAAUGUCCUGUGGUUGGUCUAAUACUGUGAUGUCUCCACUUUUCUAUUCUCAAUAAUUUUGAACAAAGCCCCUGAUUUUGCUGUGAGCCUCACACAUUCUCUAACCUGUACCAUAGGGGAGCGAGGGGUGGGGACAAGUCACCAGAUUCCUUAACUGAUUAAUUACAGAUUUGGGGAGAUGCUUUGCAGAGCAGAGGAUGCCUUUUUUUUUUUUUUUUGGUGGCUGAUACGGGGAUGUGAACCCUUGACCUUGGUGUUAUAACAUCUCACUUUAACCAACUGAGCUAACCGGCAAGCCAUGCUUCUGCGAUAGAUAAUCACAGAGGAACCAACCACAGGUAAGGACUUUCUGAGGCUCUGAUAUUUAAGGUGCAGGUCAUCAGAGCAUCCACGGUGAGGAAUGUACCUGGAGGAGAACUUCAGUUUAGCUUUGUUUCACA